CUCUACGAGUUGGGCGGAGACCCCAAGCGGAAGGAAUUUCUGGAUGAUCUCUUCAGCUUCAUGCAGAAGAGAGGGACCCCCGUCAACCGGAUCCCCAUCAUGGCCAAACAGGUGCUGGAUCUCUACUCGCUCUAUCGGCUGGUGACCGAGAAAGGAGGCCUGGUGGAGGUGAUCAACAAGAAGAUCUGGCGGGAGAUCACCAAAGGCUUGAACCUGCCCACCUCCAUCACCAGCGCGGCUUUCACGCUCCGCACACAGUACAUGAAGUACCUCUACCCUUACGAAUGCGACAAGCGGGGCCUGAGCUCUCCCGGCGAGCUGCAAGCCGCCAUCGACAGCAACCGGCGGGAAGGGAGGCGGCAGAUGUUCGGGGCCACCCUGUUCAGCUACUCGCCCACGGGCACGCCGGCCACCCUCGCUUCCCCCAAGAUCCCUCUGCCCUCCCUCACCAUCGCCACCCACAACGGGAGCCAGAUCGGACAAGUCCGCGCCGUCAAAAAUGAAGAGAGCCUCCUGUCAUCUGGGGUGCCCAGCCGCAUCGCCAUACCUGUCAGCCUAGCCGGGCAUCACCUGGUGGCAGCACAAGCCGCUGCGUCUCAGGCGGCCGCCCUGGAGCAGUUGCGGGAGAAGCUGGAGACCAGCGAGCCCCCGGAGAAGAAGAUGGCGCUGGUGGCCGAAGAGCAGCAGCGCCUGGUCCAGCAGGCUCUUCAGCAGAACCUUUUGGCCAUGGCCUCCCAGUUCCCGGUCAACAUCAAGGUCAACAGCCGUGGAGAUGACAGACAGGAGACGGCAUUGAAUCUGUCCACCAACGGCAUUAGCAGCAUCAACAUGUCGAUAGAAAUAAACGGUGUUGUCUACACAG